AUGUCGACAUCUACCAGCACUAGUAUUGGUCGCAAGGCCUUGCAAGGUCUUGCAGCAGGAAUCGGACUCGUCUCCGAAGCAAAAUCGGCACAUAAAUUAAAGAAGCAACAGCGGUCUCCGUCUCCCAUGGAAGAAACUCCUAGGAGCAAUGAUAUGCCAGUCGAGAGUGGUAGCCCUCCGAUAUAUGAGUUGUCAACAGCGGACCAAAUAGCCCCCAACUCCACCGGCAUUGACACUCUAGAAGGGCAGUGGGCCCUUGAUGAGGCACAGGAAGAACUCUCACACACGUUUUCCAACUCCAAUGUCGAAAAGGAAAGAAAGUCUCAAAAGGACGUCGAUCAAGCUGAUCUGGCACAAAGGUUUGUUUCGGAUCACCCAGCACCCCCGCCGUACUCUUUAUAUGACCAGUCUCCGCGGCGGCAGCUGUCAGCACCAGUCGUGCUCCCUCAGAAACGACCUAAAGAUCGCGAUCGAGGCUUUAUUCGGGCAUAUGCACCCACUCUGGGUGAUUGCGGUAUUGAUCAAGACAUGUUCCUCGAUUUCCUGGACACGGCCGAGAAAUCCUGUCAAGCAGCCCCGUGGCUAAAUGCCAUCAACUUGGCUUCUAUUGGAACUAUGUGGCUGCCAACUGUCACCGGCAUUGCUGUUUCGAUUGCUAUCCAGCUUGCGACUGAUGUUGCCAUUGCUGCCGAUGGUCGCCGAAACAAGCGUCUCAGGACCAAUUCCUUCUUCGAUAAAGUGAACAGGGAAUUCUUUCGGCCCCGUGGCCUGUACUGUCUGGUGAUGACAUGGAAUCCUGAGCUGCCGGAUGCUCCCUCCACGGCCGUGGAUUUGAAUUCGCUCGUUUCCAACGCCGCCGGCAGUGCCAGUACCCAAGGUUCGAACACACUCGGUCGACUUCGUCAUCGCUUUAAGUCGUCAGAUGGAAAGGCAUACGGCAAUAUCUUUCCUGAAGUGGCUCCGCUCAUCUUCCCCGAAAUUGAUCGACUCGCAUCGGAUCAAAAUGCGGGAAAGAAGCUAUCUAAAAUGAAGCGAAGAAAAGAAUUCGUCGGUGGAUAUUUAGAUAAAAGAGCCCAGGCUAAAUUUACAGCUGAAAAUCCCACCAGUCAACUGAAUCAAGGCCCCAAGCCAGUCUUUACGUCCCGGUAUGCCGACCCAAAUCAUCCAGCGAGCAGCGGAGAUCUACUCGCUCUCGUGAGCGGAGGUCGUUUCACUAUGGAGGACUUGCCACGGCGACAAGUUCCACAAUCUCAAUUUGAGGAGCGGGGUCAACGAGGAGGGCAAGAUCACUACUACCAGAGUCGGGAGAAUUCAAAUUCCAAUGCGCCAGCUCCACAUGCCCCCCAUGGAAGCCCAUUUGGAUUAUUUGAAGCGAUCAGUGCAAUCAAAGACAUCCGAAACCCUCAGGCUGCCAAUACCGAUCGGAUGACGAGACAAGAUACGUACUAUAACUCAAAUAAUGGCUACUAUGCACCUCAAGGUCCGCUACCCGACCGGAGAGAAGAGAGAGGGUCGACCAACCCACUUUCAAAAUUAUUGAAAAAGGAAGUAAUGUAUCUGGCGAUCGUUAAUAUGCCUACCGAUGAUGAAAUGCAGGCGGCUCAGAAUGCACUAAGUCAUGCAAACUACUAG